AUGAGGCAGACGUGGCUGGUUGUGGUGCUGGUGGUAGUUGGGUUGCUGGCAGUGUGGUGCACCACCAGUGCGGCUGCGGGCGCCUCGAGCGACGUGAUCGAACUCAACGACGACAACUUCGAGCACCUCACCCAGGCCACCUCCGGAUCAACCACCGGCAACUGGCUCGUCGAAUUCUAUGCGCCCUGGUGCGGCCACUGCAAGUCGCUGGCACCCACGUGGGAGGCCCUCGCCACCGAGCUCAAGGGCACCGUCCCCGUGGCCAAGGUCGACGCCACGCUGAACCCUCUCGUGAAGAAGCGCUUUGGCAUCAAGGGCUUCCCCACCAUCAUCUUCUUCAAGCAGGGCAAGCAGUACGUCUACACGGGAGGCCGUUCGCUGGAGCAGCUCAAGGCGUUCGCCCUGAGCGGUCACGAGAGCGUCGCCUCCGCGCCCAUUCCCGCGCCCGUCUCCGCCAUGGACCAGAUCAUCGAAAUGCUGAACGAGGACGUGCAGCACCUGGCCAACACCAAGAAGCUGGCGGUGGGCGCGAUCUUCGUGGUGGGCGGCGUGGUGGGUCUCUUUGUCGGUUUUGUGCUGGGCCGGCUCACCAGCUCGAGCUCCGCCUCCAAGACCUCCACGAAGAGGGAGUGA